UCGCCGGGUUGCAAAACUGCAAAAUCCAUCAUAUUUUUGCAUUUUUGGUUAUUUUUAAGUGUUUUGUAUUUUAUAGUCGAUAUACUGUUCCAAUAUUUGGUCGAAAAGUUAGUUUUAAGAAAGAAAAAUUCUUGCAGAAUGUCUCUCCUUGCACUGCGCUCACUUCUAGUCAAACAACGGCAGGUUUCGUUGUCUCUAUUGAGGUGCUCCGUAUCACCACUCCCAUCGCUGAUCCGCACGUAUGCAUCCGGCAGUGCAGAGAAACAAAGUUCAACGUCCCGGUCACUGGCGGCUGGUGGCGAUCGUACCGACGUGUCCACCGAUGUUCGCCCCAUCGGUGAACGCGUGAAGGAAAACACGAAAACCGCUAGCUACAUGGGCGUGAUACUUCUUGGCGUAGGAGUGACCGGGAUACUGUUCUACGUCGUAUUUUGGGAGCUGUUUUCCUCCAACAGCCCGAAUAACGUUUACUCGGAAGCACUGGAACGGGUCAAAGAUGAACCGAGGGUGAAAGAUGCCCUCGGAGCACCGAUCAAGGGUUUCGGAGAGGAGAGUCGGCGCGGCCGGCGGACACAUGUUGCGCACACCAAGUACGUUAAGGACGGCGUCGAGUACAUUCGGAUGCAGUUCUACAUUCAAGGCUUUCGCAACAGAGCAACCGUGCAUUUGGAGAAACGAAAGACAGAUUCCGGAUCGUACGAGUACCGGUAUCUGUUUGUGCAGUUGGACUAUAAUCCCCACAACCCGAUCAUACUGGAAGACAACAGACUGCAGCAGGAUGCGAUGCAUUCUGCACCCGGCGGUACCGCUCCGCAGCCGUUUCUUUGAAGAGCAAAGUGUGAAAUACAGUCGGUUACGUUAAU